UGUGCAUUACACGUGUUGGUUGAUAUCAUGACGUCGCCAGCAGCGCCGGUUCAACUCCAUCUCGGCAUGCGGGGUAGUCUGUCUUUGGUUGUGCAUGUCUUAUCAGUGGGCUCGGCUGCUGCCGUGGACUGCUGCGGGGAGCGUCAGAAUUGGCUACAAAAGUCUAAUAGCCACCGAGGCGUCCCAAGUGGUAAAUGUUUCCUGUACCCAGCAGGCUUGUUGCGUGAUUCCAGCCGUUGACCAUAAUUGCCAACCCGUUGCGGAAGCGUGCCCGAGCAGCUGAGAAAGCUAUCCUUCGGCGACGAUCAUAACCCGCAUUGUCAACACGACGACCCACCUGCCACAUAUACGACCAUCUCAAUACUCGAAUAUGGGUAAGACGGCAAUCCGAACAGUGGGCAAAGUCAGCCUCGACAAGCCAGCUUCAGAGCAGGCAAAUCUCCACAAUCGAUGGCACCCUGAUAUCCCCUUUGCUGGCACCAUAAAAAACGGCGAAACAGCCAAAAUCGAAUGUGUUGACUGGACUGGCGGGCAAAUCGGCAACAAUGACAGCGCCGACGAUAUGCGCAAUGUCGACCUGACGAAGAUCCACUAUCUCACAGGUCCAUUCGAGGUUGAGACUGCUGAGCCUGGCGAUGUCCUGCUCGUCGAGAUUAUGGAUGUACAGCCUUUUGAGGAUCACCCGUGGGGGUUCACGGGGGUCUUUGACAGGUCCAAUGGAGGAGGUUUUCUGGAUGAGAUCUAUCCAUCUGCAGCGAAAGCGAUCUGGGAUUUCGAAGGCAUUUAUUGCACGAGCCGACAUAUCCCACACGUCAAGUUUGCAGGACUUAUCCAUCCAGGAAUCCUUGGUUGUGCCCCAUCGCAAGAGGUACUGGAGACCUGGAACACGCGCGAGGCCGAGCUCAUUGCCGCCAACAAGCUCGCAGACCGGCACGUUGCAAUGCCGCCGGAGCCGCAGAAUGUCCAUGCCGGCAAGGCCAACGAGAGCGAGGAGUUCAGGAAGAAGGUUGGGCGGGAAGGAGCAAGGACUGUUCCGGGGAGACCGGAACAUGGGGGUAAUUGCGACAUCAAAAACCUGAGUAGAGGCAGCAAAGGCUACCUUCCUGUCCACGUUCCUGGUGCCAAGUUCAGUGUUGGGGAUUUGCACUUCUCACAGGGCGACGGGGAGAUUUCCUUUUGCGGCGCCAUUGAGAUGGCCGGUGUCAUCACAAUCAACUUCAAGGUCAUCAAGAACGGCAUGCGCGCCUUGAACAUGAAAUCGCCAAUUUACGUUCCUGGUCCGGUCGAGCCACAGUUCGGCCCGGGCCGACACAUCUACUUUGAAGGCUUCUCUGUCGACGAACAUGGGAGGCAGCAUUAUAUGGACGUCACCGUGGCUUACCGGCAAACCAUUCUUCGUUGUAUCGAAUACCUUACUCAAUUCGGCUACUCUCCUUACCAGAUAUACCUACUGCUCUCCUGCGCUCCUGUACAGGGUCAUGUUGCAGGCAUUGUCGACAUUCCCAAUGCCUGCACGACACUGGGGCUUCCAGUAGACAUCUUUGACUUCGACAUCACUCCAGAGGGCAUCCUCGCUGGCAAAGGAGCGAAGAUGGACAUGGGCUCGUGCGCAUUUGAAACCGGCAUUACGAUGGGAGAGGUCAUCGAGCCUGGAAGCAGGGCUAGAGGCAGCAAAGCGGGCGAUAUCAGCUUUGGAGGUGGGCUGACAUACAAGGAACUAUCCAGCGGCGAGGGCGAGGUCAGGGGAGGGGGCUCGGGCGGUGAUGGUGGAAGGAAAGAGGUUCAGGAGAAGCACAAGGGAACCGCAGUGGCGAACAUCAUGGGUGGUGCUUGACAGGGGAAUGCAUGUUCGACAACCCAUUUGCUCCCGUUGGAGGUUGGGGGUAAUGGUGCUUGGUGAUACACGUGGUUUCUGGUCCAAUGUAUAGGGUAUCUGCUCUCUAUAUACUGUUCACAUCAAUGCCGUCCCAUGGCCACGAGCUUAAU